AUGUCCUCAAUCACCUUCCCCGACGCCUCCUCCUCACACCACCUACACGGGCACGAAGACCAGUUCUACCAGCCCUCCUUCGACACCUCUUCCUUCCAGAUGAACCCGCUCUCCGCGCACCCGCCCCGAACACCCCGAACCUCUCUCAUCCACAACCACGAGCACGAACACAACUAUCACGCCUCCCUAACAGAAUCGCCCUCGUCCACCACGACCACCCACAACCACACCAACGGGACGAGCCACAGUCACAAAAGGACCCAAAGCACAAGCUCGCAACACCACUUCUCGAGUAGCAUAUACGAAGAGCGGAACGAGUUUGAGGAGAAGGACAUCUCGGAGGUGGGGGACGAGAUCGAGGUUGAUACUGAACUGGGAGAAGAGGGUGGGGAUGCGGAGGGGAGGAACAAGGAAAGGCCAAGGGUCCGCCAGGAGGAGGUCUGGCGCGAUAUGAUCGUGACGAGCAAUGGGCGGGAUAAAGCUUUUAAACUCAUCCAAUACUCCAUCCGCCUCGGGCUCUGGUUCCACACCUCUCUAACCAGCACGCGCCUCCUCCGGCGACCCACACGUCCGCCCUGGGAGCGUGACAUCGUCAGGCGGCUCACGUCCACCGCCGCAGGGCUCUCACUUACCAGAAAGCUCCUCCUGCUCUUCAACUGGCUGCACCCCCUCUCCCAAAUCCUCGCGCAACAAGCCUCCAAACCCUUCCUCCACACCCUCCUCUACGCCCCGCCCCCCGUCCUGCUCGAGCUCGCCAACGCCAUCGCCGACGACCUCGCCACAUGGUCCAAGCUCGGGCUGCUCGGCGCCAAGUUCGGCGAGCGCGCAGGAAGGUUCGCCGACUGGUGCUGGUUCCUCGCGACGAUUGUGGGAUUGGUGGAGAAUGGGGUGGAGAGGGGGGUCGUGGGGGGGCUGCAAGCUGAAGUGGAAGGCAGGUUAUACACCGAGUCUAUGUCGGGCGCCACCGCCAAAUCCCGGCCCAAAGCGUCCAAGAUCGACGAGAAGGAGCUCGCGCGCCUCCGGAAGCAGGACUACUGGCUGCAAGUGACGCGUGCGAAGCUGGUCAUGGACUUGAUCUUCGUUUCAUAUGAAGUGUUCCGCUUCAAAAGAGGCAAAGACUUCGUCAAGGCUUCUACGGGACUGGCGUCUGCUAUCUUGAGCUCCUCGAAGCUCUACGACAGACACAAGAACACGCUGCUCAAGACCCUGCUGAACGCGUCUUCAUGA